CACCAGAUGAGCGGUGUCCUGGCGGACGAGAUGGGCUUGGGUAAGACCCUGCAGGCCGUCAGUCUGCUGGCGCACUUGGCGGAGGCGGGGAGGAGCAAGGGCCCCCACCUGGUCGCGGCGCCCAAGGCGGUUCUCUCCAACUGGGUGGCGGAGAUGAGCCGGUGGGCUCCGGGGCUGGAGCCGCUGUGCUACGACGGGGACCGCGGGGAGAGGCGGGCGCUG